AUGGGUCACAUAAUAAAGCAAGUUAGAAAGAGACUGGAUGAAGUCGCAGCUGAUAGGAUCAAAUUUGGUUUUAAUGAGUGCCUCAUAGGGACACAAUUUUUGAGUUGGAAAAGAGAAGAUACACACUCUAUUGUACGUGAGGAAGAAGUCAUUGGAAGAGAGGGUGAAAAGAAGGCUAUUAAAGAGCAGUUAUUCCAUUCCAAUGAAAAAGAUAAUGUUUCCAUCAUUCCUAUAGUUGGAAUUGGUGGACAAGGACAGACCACGCCUGCUCAGUAUGUGUACAAUGACAAGGAGGUCCAAAAGCAUUUUGAUUUAAGAAUGUGGGUGUGUGUCUCUGAUCCUUUUGACGUGAAAACUAUUGUUCAAAAGAUCAUAGAAUGUGCAACUAAAAGGAGACCCGAAAGUCUUGAGAUGGAUUUAUUGCAAAGUCGGCUUCGAGCGGAACUUGAUCGGAUUAGAUAUUUACUUGUUUUAGAUGAUGUAUGGAAUGAGAAUCCUAAUAGAUGGUUCAAUUUGAAAAAUCUGUUGGCGGGUGGCCUAAGGGGAAGCAACGUUUUGAUUACUACACGUAGCAAAACAGUUGCAGAGAUUACAGGCACGGUGUCACCAUAUCUUUUAGAAGGUCUAUCUGAAAACAAUUCUUGGAAUUUAUUUAAGAAAAUGGCAUUUAAAGAUGGGGAAGAGCUAAGGAAUCCAAAGCUAGUAGAAAUCGGAAGGGUGAUUGUACGAAGGUGUGCACAAGUUCAUCUUGCUUUAAGGAGCAUAGGGAGUAUGUUAUACUUCAAAAAUUCAAAGGAUUGGUUGUACUUUACAAACAAUGAACUUUACAAAAUAACUCAACAAGAAAAUGAUAUUUUUCCAAUACGUAAGUUGAGUUAUGAUCACCUCCCGUCACAAUUGAAGCAAUGUUUUGCCUUUUGUUCGUUGUUUCCAAAAGAUCAUGAAAUUGGUGUGAAGUUGUUGAUUCAGCUAUGGAUAGCUCAAGGCUUUAUUCAUUCAUUAGAUAGAAACAGACGUCCCAAAGAUAUUGGUCACGAGUAUUUUAUGGAAUUACUUUGGAGGUCAUUUUUCCAAGACAUACAAAGAAAUGCAUAUGGUGAUAUAGAAAGAUGCAAAAUGCAUGACCUAAUUCACGAUCUUGCAGAGUUAGUAGCAGGGGAUGAGUGCAUCAUUUCAAAUCCAAAUGCAGAAAAAGUAGUUGAAAGAACUCGCCAUGUGGCAUUUAAUUCUCUAGAUUCAUUACAGGAUAUUCCACCAUUUUUGCUUAAGGCUGACAAAAUGAGAACACUUCUUCUGCAAAUUCCAACACUUCAACCAUUUGAUGAAUAUUAUCAUAGGAACAUCCACUACCAAAAAACAAGUCACGCUAUGGACAAGAGUUGGAUGACAAAGUUUAAGGGUUCAAAAGAGUAUGUGAACGGAGCCAAGUCAUUUGUGGAAUUUGCAGUUAGUGGACCUGGUAUUUUGCCUGGUUACACCGAAUGCAUGUUCUAUGGAGAAAGGAUGUAUGAUCUUGGUACUGAUCAAAGAGAACCAACAUUAGAAGGAUCUUCUUCGGUCCCCGUACUUGAAGAGUCGAGAAUUAUGAAUGCCAUGCUCCGUGAUGUUUUCGGCAUGCCCGCGUCAAGAGAAGGAGAAUUUGCUAGUCACAUGGAAGCGUAA